AUGGUUCACACCAAUUACCAGCUUACUCAUACUGAGGCUAGAGAUAGACUCAUUUCCUUCCAUUCCUCUAAAUUAAGGCCAAACUCUAAUGAUUCUAAGAAAUUGAAUCUAAAUGAUGAAGAGUGUGUAUAUCUACUCGGCCUUAUGGCAGGGGAGUCUUUUUUGUUUAACAAAUCUGUAAGAUUGAAGGUUAUUAGAGGAUCGGCACAGAUAGGAGGCCACAUAUAUCGAGUAAUGGAAAGUUAUCGGAAAUUUAUAGUACCACCAUGGGAUCCCUCAGAAAGGAUAUUAUCACUGUGUUUAGAAGAUACUCCAAAUUCACAAACUCGUGAUGAAACUAAAACAUGUAAAUUUUGUGAAGAUAUUUUGACAGAAUUCCACGGCGGAUCAUGCUGUGAGUUUGUUUCAAACUAUAAGUCUCUAAGAGCCUCGUUCAUGAAGGGAUUAGGAAUAGAGUAUGAGAAUAGCUUAGGGAAAGGUAAAAAAACCAAUAAAUAUGAUGAACAUAUUAAAUAUUAUAAAUCGCAAACUGGAAAGGAUUAUGAUACGAUUGUUAUGUUAACGGAAUAUUCGAGCUGUUUUGGAACAGUGAAAGUCCCAGAUACUUUAGAUACAAUUUAUCCACCAAAAAUUAUCAGUAAACAAAUUUUUUCUGUGUAUGAAAGGUUUCUUGGAUUGUGUGCUUCUGGAAACCCAGUAAUAAUGUUACACGGAGAUAAAAGUUACGGAAAAUCAACACUAGUCGCCUACACAAUCAAUUAUUUGCUCAAUUUCGUCUCUAACGUGUUUCUAAUGGAUGUUGAUGUUGGACUACCAUUUUUAUCACCCCCUGGAUUAAUCAGCCUUACCCUCAUAUCAGAGAGUGUGACUACACCUAGUUACAAUUUGGUUGGGAAUGCCAAACCCAUGAUUUCAUUGCUGUUAGGAGAUAUUAAAGUUUCAAACUCGCCUCUUUUUUUAACACAUGUAAAAAAGUGCUUUGACCUAUAUGAAAAGACUAAGAAGAACGUAAGAGCUCCAUUGAUUAUUAACACCUUUGGGUGGAUAACAGGAAUGGGAGCACAAGUGUUGGAAGCAAUCGCCUCAAUAACCAGAGUUGAGAUGUUGGUGAAGCUUUUAAACUUACCAAAGGACCAAGCACUUGUUAUUAAUAGCCACGAGGAUUUGAAGGAAAGAUUAGAAAAACUUAACAUGCUGGAUGGAGAACAGCUACAAAAACCUACACAAGAGUAUAAAAUUGACACAUAUCCAUCAUUCACUGAACUAGUACAAAGACUAGGAGGAAGCCUGCCACGAGAUAAGUCUGACAACGAAUACUACAUUUCAUCCUUCCAAAACUAUUUACACUUGCUUAAAAACUUCAAAUUCGGUUCUAAAUGCAAAUUGCACGAUUUCUAUGGAAUCACCCUUAAGAGAGAAUUGGUCCACCCUUCUGAUACAAGGUGGCUUAGGUUGUGUUCCUAUUUGAAUAGGGGAUUUUCAGAGGCACUUCACUUUCCGCAGUUCAGACAUGAGGAGUUUUUUGGAAGUGUAGAGACCUAUAACUUUAAGCGAAACGUAAAGUUCCCAGAAAAGUUCAGCCCACCGUCACAAAUUGAACUUGAUGCCAACAACUACACCUUUGUUACACAAACUGACAUUAUCCCAUAUGAUUAUACACAGGUUGUAUUUUAUGCAGUUAUAAAUAUAAUGUUAAAACGCAUUAAAUGUGCUUAA